UAGCAACCGAACAACAAUGAAUUUAUGUAAAUACGUAAUUCACAUGAUACACUCUGUCACAACUGACAUUAGAAAACCACUAGCUUCUGAACAGUGGGAAGAAAUUGUAUAUAUAACAUACGAGUGGUAGUGGCUAAAUGAAUAGAUCCAACAAGAUGCGUUCAGUGUGCUACUUUUGAUUCAUUUCAUUUGCAUUUAUUUUCCGGACUUGUUAAUUUACAUACGAAUUGCAAUAUGGAGAGAGCGAAAACAUUUUUUGGAACGCGAGAUCACGACGGUUACGUUGGAAAAGAAGAACACUUGAAAGUGAUACAUGCGACUGGUUCGGAGGAUGAUGGCGACUUCACAGAUAUUGUCGAAGGUUUAACGAUGAACGAUGCAAUCCAGCCGUCGCCAGGUGGUUCAUUUUCAGCACUCACGCCUUCCAUGUGGCCUCUCGAUAUCCUUUCACGACUCACACAGCCAGAGUCCGAAGGAGAUCCAAACGGUCAACCAGACUACCGAUUCGAUGAAUUUGGUUUCAGAGUAGAAGAAGAAGACGGUCCAGAGCAAAGCUCAAAUAAAUUGCUCAGCACACCAUUCUCCGAAGAUGAACAACAGCGACUGCAAUGGGUUGCACACCUGGAAUUUUCCCAUAACAAAGAAGCAAGUGAACUGUUAUGGGAUAAUGUAGCUGUUACGUUGCCACGAACCGAAAAGCUACGCAAUAUGGUUCGAGCUGGCAUUCCACAUUCGUUGAGAGCUCAAAUUUGGAUGAGAUUAUCGGGUGCAUUGCAAAAGAAAAUGAAUUCCGAAACUACUUAUCACGAUAUAGUCAAAGCAUCUGGCAACGAUCAAUUGAUGACAUCGAAACAGAUUGAAAAGGAUCUGCUGAGAAUAAUGCCUACAAAUGCAUGCUUUAGCUCGCCAAACAGCACAGGCGUGCCACGGCUGAGGCGAAUUUUAAGGGGUAUCGCAUGGCUCUUCCCAGACAUUGGAUAUUGCCAGGGCACUGGUGUGAUUGCUGCCUCAUUACUUCUUCUCAUGGAAGAAGAAGAUGCCUUCUGGCUCAUGGCUACCAUUGUUGAGGAUUUAUUGCCCGCUUCGUACUAUUCAUCGACACUGCUUGGUGUUCAGGCCGAUCAACGAGUCAUGCAAACGCUCAUCGCAAACUAUUUAACCGUUGUCGAUGAAACGCUAAAAUGUCACGACAUCGAACUGUCACUGAUCACAUUGCAUUGGUUUCUGACGAUUUUCGCAAACGUUGUUCACUUCCGCAUUUUAUUGAGGAUAUGGGAUUGGUUCUUUUACGAAGGAUCCAUCGUUCUCUUUCAGCUAACACUGGGAAUGUUGAAAAUGAAGGAAGCAUUUUUGAAAGACUUGGAAAAUUCAGCGCAAAUCUUCAAUUCUCUAUCAGACAUUCCGGGUGGCAUCGAUGAUGUCGAAGCCCUUUUUGAAAUCUCAAUGGAAGUUGGCGGCUCGCUCAGCAAAACAGUGAUCGAAACUCACCGUCGCCGUCAUUUGGCCUAUUUAAUGGCUGAUCAAGGUGGUUUAGUUGGUAAUCCCGAGGCAACUGCCAAUUUGCCGAAACAACAAUUGUCUCGUCGUCAGGUGAAAAAAUCGAAAUCAAUGUUCCAGACGCUGCUUUUUGGCGGAGACAGCGCCGACGAUGACAUUCGAAACAAAAACAUUCGUCAGACCGAAAUUUUAGUCGAUUUACGUGAAUCAAUUCUGAAGGUGUGCCGCCACUUCUUGACCAUUGAACCGAAAUUGAACGCUCAUAUAAACCAAGUAGCCGAUUACUCAACCGAUAGCCAUGCGAAAGAUCAUGAGAACUUUAUAAAUGUUUCACGCACUCGAAAGCGACGUGCCAAAGCGUUGCACGAUUUCGAGCGAAAUGAUGAUGAUGAAUUGGGAUUCCGGCGCAACGAUAUCAUAACCAUAAUCUCACAAAAGGAUGAGCAUUGUUGGAUUGGUGAAUUGAAUGGAUUGAGAGGCUGGUUCCCUGCAAAAUUUGUCGAAUUAUUGGACGAACGGAGUAAAUUGUAUACAUCAGCCGGUGAUGAUGCUAUUUCUGAGACUGUAACUGAUUUGGUGCGAGGAACAUUGGCACCGGCCAUCAAACAAGUGCUUGAGCAUGGCAUGAAACGCCCUUCAUUUCUUGGUGGACCAUGCCAUCCGUGGCUUUUUAUUGAAGAAGCUGCCACAAGAGAGGUAGAAAAGGACUUUGAAUCGGUUUAUAGUCGCUUAGUUUUGUGUAAAACGUAUCGAUUGGAUGAAGAUGGAAAAGUGUUGACGCCUGAAGAGCUUCUGUAUCGAUGCGUUCAGUCGAUAAAUCAAACUCAUGAUGCAUCUCAUGCUCAAAUGGAUGUAAAAUUACGGUCUUUAGUGUGUCUUGGUUUGAAUGAGCAAGUGUUGCAUUUGUGGCUGGAAGUGUUGUGCUCAUGCAUGGAAAUCGUACAGAAAUGGUACUACCCGUGGAGUUUUGUGAAUUCACCAGGUUGGGUGCAAAUCAAGUGUGAACUCCGUAUACUGUCACAAUUUGCAUUCAAUCUAAAUCCGGAUUGGGAAUUGCCGCCGAAAAAAGGAGUCGAAAGUCAACCGUUGAAAGACGGUGUACGGGAUAUGUUAGUCAAACAUCACUUAUUCUCGUGGGAUUUGUGAGAGAAAAAUAACAACAACAACAACCAGACACAUUCUUAUGAACUCCAGUCAAUCCAGGGCGUAGAAAAUUUAUUCAUAUUUUAGUCAUGCAAAUGGAAAACGUUUUUGACGCAGCUAUUUAUCAUCAUAUUAAUAAGUAAUAUCAGCACGUUUACCCUUCUUUUAAUGUAUAUUUUGAACAUCAUUAUUGUAUAGUUGGUUCACCUUUCGACUGUGCUUAAUAUGUUUAUUCGUUUUUAUUUAUCCAGUACAAAUCAACUACUUGACAUUUAUUGAGAAAAAAAAAUUCUGCAUUAUUUAUUAUAUAAAACAUUUAACGACCAUGAA